GGCAGUGAAUGGAAUGCAGCGAGUUCUCUUAUCCAAUGCUUUACCUGCAAGUGACAAGGAAGUAGGAUGAGUGUAAAUCAAACUUCCCUUUACGUAAGGAGGUGGAGACCUGCCCUCACCUGGAUUUUCCAAGGGAGGAUUCAGGUUUGUAUAUAAAAUGAAAGAGUGGAAGGACCAAAGCAGAACUCAGCUGAGCAUCACAUAUCAGGCAACAUCCUUCCACCUGUACCAGCAAGACCAAGACCAGCAUGUCCACUCUGUGGGUCGUCUUAUUACUUGCCGUUUGGUCCAUCAAUAUCUGCUGUGCGAAGCAUGCUAAGCACAGGAACCAAAAUCAUAACCAGGACAGCGUCUACUGCUUCAGUGAAGAAGAGCUGGAAAAUACCCCCUCCAAGGUUCUGCAUCAUUUUGUGAGCAGCAAGAUGCAUUGGGAGAGAUACUCUGCAGUGAACCUGGUGAGCACGCUGGAGGAAAACGAGAGCAGAAGGAAAAGACGCAGGAGAACCCCACAACCCACCUGCCACAUGAGCACAUUGAAAAAGGGGCACGCCCUGAACGAACGCUCCAUCUCCCCGUGGACCUACCGAAUUGACACCGAUGAGAGUCGUUAUCCGCAAAAGUUGGCGUUUGCGCACUGUCUCUGCGAGCACUGCAUCAGCUCCGAAUCUGGGAAGGAGACCUCAUCCUUGAAUUCCGUGCAGGUCAAGCAGACGAUGCUGGUGCUGCGGAAGAAGAGAUGCCUGGACACAGCCAAGUUCACCUUUGAAUUGGAAUACAUAAGCGUCCCGGUGGCGUGCACCUGCUCCGUGCCCCGCUACUAGGACUAAUCUGCUCCUAUGGAGACGUGAUCCUUCAGGCUAUCCAAACACCCGGUCGUGACCAUGUCACACUCAGUUUGUUUGUUUUAGAACAUUUCUUGUCUUAUUUUCACUUUGCAGAAUGUGUCCGGGGAAACUGCUUAAACAACAGUUCCCCAUUUUAUAGAAGUUGCUCCCUGCAACCAUGAUGAUCUCAUUUACCAAUGUAUAGCCCUUGAGGUGUUUUUCAAUUACCUGCUACAUAAUAAUUCCAGUAGGGAAGAGCUAGUUAAGCAAUUUCCUACUACAGAUGUAGAUUUAAAAUGAACCCAACACUUUAAAUAUCCUAAGACCUUAUUGUUCUGCCUCCAUGGUAGAUUUACAUUAUUACAUCCCAGAUGAUUCGCUGGUCGAAUCCUUUCUACGUUGAUACUUUGUUUGUAAAUGUUUCUUCACUAUAUUAUGUAUCAUGUUUAUUAACCCUCAGUGGUUUGCAGCUGUUGUGGAACUACAACUCCCAGCAUGUGCUCCUACCCUGAGGCCCACAGUGUGAUCUCCAUUUUAGGAAACACCAGAAAAGGUUAUUGCUAUAAUAUAGCGCAUUUCCAUCAUAAUCUUUGUCUUCCCGCUCGUCUCAGGAUGAAUAUCAGGGGGAGGGGUCAGAGAGUUUGUGAUUAUUUUUUACUAUGAACCAGAUGAAUAUUUAUUUAAUUAAUAUUUAACAAUAUUUAAUAUUUGCAGCUGUGAUAAAGUUUUUAUUAUUUAUUGUUGUUUGUUGUGUUAUAAAUGGCGAAGUGCUGUACGCUGCCGCUGCUUUCAUGUUCAUUUCAUCUUAUUACCACUGAAUUUUGCAUUUAA